AUGAAUAACAAAGAUGACAAGAAGGAAAAAGAAGAGAGUCAUUCCCCCUGCAGGUAUGUGCUCUCUGUGGAAAACAGCUAUAAGGUCUCAGGUCACAUUUGCAUGAUGAUGCUUUUUCAUUCUUGUAAAGAAUUCAUUGUAAAUACCUGCCAAAAAAGAAAUUAUAUUAUAUUUGCAUGCAACAAGUUUUUACCUGUCAUUAUGAAUAAAUUAUAACAACAUACACCAUGGGAUUGUAGGUUAACCACGCUCACUCAGUCCACCAGCCCCUCUUUGACCCUGAACUCAGACUAACUAGGUUCAAGCAGGUUAGAGAAGCCAUUAGUGAUGAAGUGCGCUUUGCCUACAGGCUCAUUUUCAAUUAGAAACCACUGCAUUAUGGAAAUGCAACAUGCAGAUAUGAUACUCUUUUCACAGCACAAUAACAACAAUGAUCAUAAUUGUACACCAUGAGUGUGACGGCUCCUCGUGUGCAGCCUGAAAUGUACUUUCAGUCAUGCAGAACAUGAAGAAGUAUUUUGGAGCUCAUUAAAUCUGCUGCCGCUCAAGCUCUGUUUGUUUGUGAGCUGGAAACGUGGAUGUAAGCAAUCACACAACUGGAGCAGUGCUGAUAUCAGGGCUCUGUGCUCUUCAGCAGCAGAGUAAAUGUAGCAGAACAUGCCACCUAAGCUUCUGUAAAGUACACCAGAGCUUCACAAACAGCCUUUGAUUUAAUGCCUGAGUUUACUUUCUUUGUGUGUCUGACCUGAUUUAAAGCGUCUCAUGGGAUUACAGUUACAAGUUUUUGCUGUUGAUGCAUUUUUUUAAUCAACAAAUAUACUCAGAAUAAAUCUGUAUAUCUUUAACAAAAAUCAGCAAUAAGAAGAGACUGGGUUUUAUGCACUUUUUAAAACAUAUUAUGCAAGGCGCUGAUAAAGACAGUCCUGACUCCAAUUGGUUUGUUGAAGGAGAAAAUACUUACAACCAUUUGUGUUACAUUUUUUGUAUGUAACUAUGUGUAGCUAAAUUUAUACAUUUAUUACAGGCAGAUAGAGAGGCCUCUGUUUAUUUUAGACUGAUUACACAUUAUCUCCUCAGACUGACAUAGCAUGCUCAAGUUAGCAUCUGAAACUAUUCCUAUGAGAGAUAGUUUCAACAGCUCUACUGUCAUUGCACGGAUUGCAUGACAAGAUAUUGGUUUUGACCAAUAAGAAUCAUGUGUUCAACAAAGAUGGAUUAUAAAGAACUUAAAAUUUCUUGUCAAUUGUUUCACAAAGUAAAGUACAUAAUGAGAGAUUGUGAAAAAUGAAAAUAUAAUAAAAAUGCUCUGGUAUGACUGAUAAAUCUGAAAAACAGGCUAACCCUAACCCUAAGAACUAUUGGUGGUUAACCUGGAACCCUGAACUCUGGUUGUUCAUGUUACAUUCUUCGGGACAACAAACAAAAACAAGCAGUGUCAGCCUCUAAAAGGCUAAGUCUAAAUGUUUCACAGGUAUUUUAACAGCAGACAUUCGCUGAGUCACUCUCCUGAAGGAUUUGGGAUGUUUGCCUUGGGGCUUUUCAUUCUCUGGCUGUUGAAAUGAUCUCUCUGUAUAUAUGUUAAUAUAAUGAGGUAAUAUCUUUCCCUGUAGAGUCUGUCAAAGUGCCUCUCAGCCUGAUAUUGGUCUUGACUGGAGCGACCUGAGUGAAGCACUCAGCUAAAAAUAACUGCACUUGGUGUAGAAUAAUAACAUCUCCAGUCCUCAUUAUCAUCUCAAUUAUUCAGACUUUUUCCACAGCACACGCCACAUUCUGCUGAAAUGUGUUUCUUAUGCAGUUGGAUAUUAUUCCUGUUAUUUCAAGUAAUUUUUUUCAGCAAUCUAAAGGAUGUCCAGGAUGAUGGAGAUGGUGACGGUUACAGGGCUGGUGAUGUUUAUGAACUUGUGUAGCCGUGAGUAGGAGAUUAUAACUGUGUACAAUCCAUCCUCUCACAUAAUAAUGUUGGAUUUUUAUGCCUUUAUUGUGUUUGUUUGCCUCUUGGGCACAAUGUGAAAGUGUUUCAUUUGUCAGGAACCCACUUCUGUCAAAACAUAGCUUUGAGGUAUUCUCAUUGUUUGUUUUUUGGAGAUUUUUUUCCAUUCCUGAUUUAUUUUUCCUGCAUAUAUUAGAGCCCUUUGAGAUGAGAUUUUCAGUUCCUGACCCAGACACUCAGUGUAUCCCUCAGAGUUUAAAUGUCAGGAGUAUGGAGAUGACAGUGUUGGUUAUGUGUGUUGGCUUUUUUCCCUUUUUUCCUGCAGAUCUGAAGACAAACCUGAGCACCUGACUGAUGAUGAGAGGAGCACUCAUGAACCAGGACCAUCUUCUGGAGACAAGAAUACACAUAAAGCAAGAGGAGAAAAAAAACGGGAAGAGAAGAGGCCUGCUCUACAAAGUGAGCUCAACCAACAUGGUGUGUGUUUUAGUGAUCGGGCUUUACUAACCAGAAAAGACAGUGAAUUUGUGAUUCUAAUGAGAUAUGAUGAUUCAAAGUUAAUGAUACAGACAGAAAGAGAGUGGAGAAGAGCCUUGUCUGUCCUUGGCUGCACCUUUUGUCAAACCAGGAAGUGCGCUUCCUCCACAGCCAACUAACUUUAGAGAUAAAGGCUGUGUCUGAAAUGAAUCACUCAGUCCCUAACCCCUAACCCCCAUAUGGGGUUUCACUAUAUAGUUGACUAUGUAGUGAACUCAAUCACCAAAGGUUUCGGACACUACAUGGCAAGACGCUAUGCAUGACGGGAUGCCCACUACCGGUGAGUGACCAUCGGAUGGUCACUACAUUUUGCAAUGCUUUAUGGGAGAUUUUGAGUUGCCUGUAUGGGGCACUGGAAUUGAUCACUCAGGUUUCGGACACCCCUCAAAAUAGCGCUAACCCCCAUAUAGUCACCUAUAUGGUUAGGGAUCCAAUUCGGACACAGCCAAUGAAACAAAGAUUAGUUCAACAGAUGUGUGUGUAAUCUUGUGGAGUAAAAUGUUCAUUAAAAUGAUCAAAUACACAAUAUUAACCAAUACUUGAAAAACUGUUUUAAUCAAAUGAUACCUGCAAAUUAAAACCGGUGCUGCAACUAAUGGUGGUGUUGGGGAAACUAAUGAGGUAAAGGUGUGGGUGGGGGGCAUUAGCUGUCACUUAAAAGGCAAAAUUUUCUACAAACUGAUUUCUCAUCCUGGGCAAAUCCUGCUAGUGCUCAGUAGAAGUUGCCAUAGUGACAGAUCUAAUCACUCAAAUGGAGUUUGGGUUCAUGUUUGACAAAUGUCCCUUGGUUUAAUUAAAGAUGAGAAAAGGAUAUUAUGACUUAUUAGAUUCUUCAGCGAGUCACGAUUUCGAGUCCUUUUAACUGUUUCACAGGUAACUUAAAGAGGCAACACAACGCACGUGAACAUGAACAAAAGCCCUGGAUGAGAACUGGUAAGCACUAAAUAUGAGAGGUUUUCUCCUUGAAGUUCAAUGUAAAGUUUAUUUACAGGCUCUCCUGUUUGUCUUAUAGGUGCUGAUAUCACAGAUUACUAUAACUACGGUUUUGAUGAAGAGACCUGGAAAAACUAUUGUCAAAAACAGUUUGAACAUCGAGCUGCCAACAGAAAACUCAUCACUGUGAGAAAUCAUGCAGAAUCAUACAUGUGCAGAAGUUUAUGUGUAAUCAUUGAAUCUGAAAAUUCUUAGAAAAGAAGUUUAUUUAUCAUUUUAUUGUUUCAUACUGUUAGCUUGAUUGUAUAUUAAAUAAAAUUUGUGCAAUUAGGUUUUAAAAAUGAAAUAUUUACUAACUUUGAAGCAAAUCAAUCAGUUGUUUUAUCAAGCUGACUUUAGGAGCAAUGCACACAAAUUCGAAAGUGCAUGUACUUCCCUGUAGCUGUGCAAAUGGUACUAGACUUCUGUCUUCUUAUUCCUUUGAACUUUUUUACAUUCCUGCAAAAGGAAUUACAGUCUAAAAUCAUAAAAGACUACUUGAAGAAAAAAGUAAUGGGUUGAAGAAAGGGAGUGAUGUUGUUGUUGGUGUUCCUCUUAGGUCCAGAAGAGGCACUACACUCAUGAAGAAAGCGAGCCUGCUCCUUCUCCUUUCUCAAACUCUCCACCUGCCUCAGCUCUCAGGUUGGUGGUAACAUGUCUAUGUGUUGCUGUUGUUAUGUGUGUGUGUCCUCUCUCCUUUACUUCACCUCCUCCUCCUCCUCUGUGAAAACUCAGAGCUGAGCUCCUGCUGAAAGUGGCAGCUGGCUGUUUGUGUUUGUUUGUGACAUGACGGCUAUCAGGCUGCUGCCAUCUGUUUUCUGUGAUCUAAGAUGGGCUCAGCAUAAUGGGGUUGUAUUAGCGGGGGAUCCCAAAGUGUUGUCGUAAACACGGACUAAUGUUCAGCUGUGAAAGGGGCAAACUGACGGUUCUUUGAAGGCAGAUCCUCAGACAAAGAGGGCCUUAGUCCAGAUAAUUGAUCUGAGGCUUUGUGGUGGACGAUAUUUGACUGUUAAUGAUUUACUCAGACUUGAAGACUUUAUUUUGUCUGUUAUUUAAAUGCAUCCUCACUUUUUUUUAUCCACAACAACAUCUUGAAACGGGAAGAAAAUUAUUACCCUUUAUAUUACAACAUCAUUUUUCAAAUUAAGUAUCUCCCCCUCAAGACUGCAGUUCAUCUUUUGACUUACCUGCAUCAGAGAUAUUCGGAUCAGUGAAUCAAUUCUUUGCAAAUAUCUCUGCACAGUGCCAUUAAUAUGAACAACUUCUGGAGUUUUGACAUCUAAUUUCAGGUCUUUUCAUUUGUCUACUGAUGCCUUUAUUUCGCCAGCAGUGCAACAGCAGUUUCAGAACAUUUCUCACUGACAUUUACAGCUGCUAAAUUGUCAUGCAGCACACCUGCCCCCCUCAACAGUGAUGCUAUGUCUGUUUUAUAUGACCUAACAUGUGCUAUAUGUUUUAUUUUUGCUUUUAUUUGAUAUCAAUUUACCAAGUAUAUCAUGUCCUGGAAUCAGCAGCAGCUGUAGAUAUGGAAAUUUUUCCUCCAAAGUGUGGUCAGUACCUCCUUCAUUUAGACUUCCACCACUGUUAUUUACAAAGCUGAUAUCAGGAGUCCUGCCCCUUCUUGAUUCUGAAUGGUUGAUGACAGAAAAGUGACACCAGCGAGUGUUGCAAAAGUUAAACCUUCUAUUUUUCAUGCUUUCAUUGUUCAUAAUCGGGGAGUCUGUCGUUGCAUCAAGUACAAAAAGCAGAGUCAAGAGGAACACUAAGAUGCAAAUGCUACAGUAAUCCCUGUCCUGGGAAAAGGGGAGGGAGAAGAGGAAGAUGGGAAAAAAAAUCCUUGCCUAUGUACAAAUAAAUAGGUUAUUGGGCCGUAUCUGCUUGUACAUGAACACUGUCCUUCAUAAUAAUAAAGAAUAACACUACAAACAAAGGCAAGAUGAGCCACUACCAUAACAAACAAACAGUAAACAAAAAACUGAAUUAUUGUGAAUGCGUCUUUUCUUUUUAUUGUAUGCAGGUAAUGACAUAAAUAGUAGUUUUGCAUUCACUGAAUUAACAGACAUUCAUUUUCUUUAAAAGGUGGGGUAGGCAGGAUUCCGUUAAAGAAGCAUCUUUUUUGUGGUGUUUAUACAAAAAAGCUUUUAUCAGUCAAUAGCUAUAAGUCAUUGAUGACAUUUGGUAAAAUAACAAUAUUGCUGUGUUUUGUUAUGUCUGUAUAGUCAACAUUUUAAAUUUUCAGAGCGCUCCACUCUUUCUGACUGUAAACAAAGACAAACAAAGUAGCAUCAGUGCUUUUUACUUUCAUGUUGACUGGGCCCCAUUUGUAAUUAUCUGGAGUAUUUAUCUGCUAUAUACCUGAAUUUAAUUGGAACGAUACGAGCGAGCAGGAGCGUCUGUUUGUGGGCGGGGCUUGGUGGAGUAAAGAGGGGGUGGAGAGGAGGACCUGAGGGGAAAACUGGAGAGGAGGGGUAGUGUUUAAGGCGCUCCUCACACGAGGACGGCCCUGUAUUGUCUUGGCGUCGGCACCAAAAUAUGUAUCACUGUUUACACAUCGUAUUGUACAUAAGCUUAGUGCAUUCACAUGACAACGCAAAAUCCAUGCAAAAUCAGGUUCGGGUUGCGGGGCUGGUUCUGCUCAAGGUGGAUUCCACGACAACAAGUUGUGUAUGCGUAACAUGCUGCGUCUCUGCAUGAGUACUUGUUGCUGUUGUUGCUGUAGCCGGUGUUGUUGCUGUUCUAAAUGUUGGUAUAAAAGUCAUAGCAAUAUUUGUAGUUGCUGGAACAAGAACAAAAUCCCCCCAGCUACCACCAUUGUUGUUGUUGCUGUGUGUGUGACAACGCGGGUUGGGGGGCGGGGAGGAGGAGGGGUGCUAUGAGGUCACCGUCUUUUCUGGACUGAUCUAUUUAUACCAACUACGGCAUGAAGACGAAUACCCAGAUAUCCACCUGCAGACCCGUUUUUAAAAAAGAUGCAGAGAUGUGUGUCAAUAUCACCAGAUCGAUAGUUUAUUUUACCGGCGUCUUACAAAUUCGUUCUCAUGUAAAGACCACCUAAAUUUAAGGUUUCUCCCCAAAACUGUCACUUCCUCAGAUCCUGCCUACCCCACCUUUAGUUUGACCAUUAUAUAUGUUAAUAAUGAGAAAAGAGUUUUAACUGACAGUGUAGCAAUAAAAGUCAGCUGAUGCUCAAACUUUUUCUGUACCCAAGGCACAGAAACCCCUUCACUGAACUGCAUUGGUCCUUUAAAGAAGAUAGGUGCUGCAGGUGCUUAAAUUAGUGGAAACAGGCCCUUAAACUUUUACUCUGUUGCAUCAUAAGAUUUCACACCAAAGUAUCCACUAGUUAUGGUUUCUAGGUAAAACAAACAAGAAUUAUGGUUGGAAAUAUAUGGUUGAAUUAAUAUCACCUGCUGCAUCAUGGAUGCUGCUCACACAUGAAUGCAUCAGUAACACUGAGUCAUGCAUAAAAUCUAAUUUUCUGACUCAGGACCUUCUGCUCUGAAAUAUGAUGAUUUGAGUAUAUCUAAAUCUUAGUACUCCUGUAAUUAUUCUUUCUUUCCCUGAGAAUAAGAUGUUACUUCAUUAAACUCAUGUCUGCUUCAUGUUGUUGAACUGCUCUACCCUUCAGCGCCUCGUGUCGUGUCUCCUUCAUAUUUAUGUGAAGAUUUUAAGGGGGGGUGUUUGGGGCAGCAGAGCUGACUGCAGUCUGCAGGAGAUCAGCCUAAUAGUCCAGGUUCAUGUUGCUUUACAGCCAGUUGUCUCCCAUCAUUCCUGUACAUGCCCAUGAGCAGCAGAUGCCUGUCAUGUUGGUAAAUAACAUCAAUCCCACAUGCAUUUUGUUGUUAUUUAUGGACCAGGAGCUGCAGGCCUCGGAGUGUUUAGCUAUCCCACAUCCUCCCAUUAUCUGAAUGGCUGCAGAGGAUGAUGACUGACGGGGAGUCCACGCUUAAUUAAAGAUUUGUCCGCUGAUGAUGUUCCCCUCCAUCGGCAAGGUCCCGCUCCUCAGGGGAGGUCACACAGAUCUCCACUCUGUGUGACGCCAUGCCUCUGUUUUUUUUUGUGACAGGACUGGACCUGAGGGGAACCAGGAAGUCAAACUGUAGCACGCCAGAGAGCCGAAUACACUGUCUGCGAUGUAGAGCAUGAUGUGUUCAGUGAGGCUGUGAUCCAGCAGCUGUCUCUUUCUCUGACAGUCUGAAAAUAUGAAGCUUUCUUUUGAGAACUCUGCUGGAUUUGUUGAUCUGUGUGCGAGUCUCCCCUUUGCUGCUGCUUACCGAGCAGAAAGUCAGUCCUCUGGGAUCUGAGCGGACUCAGUCACGAUCGGUCUCCUGUUUUAUAUUCUACACUCCUGUCGUAGCGCAGUGUAAAAGAUACUGUGUGUUCUGUCUUUAGAGGUUUUGUGUUAAAUUUUUUAUCUGAGCUGAAGUGAGCAGAGGAGACCUUAAGGAUCUGGGAGCACUGCUUUAUUUAGACUCCAUUAGACCAACAUGUUAUUCGUUUUUCUACAAGCUUUUUCCAAAUGUUGAUUAAGUCUAACUGACAGAAAGGGGUUAGUGUCCCAUCUGCAUGCCUGCGUGUCUGUGUGUGGGUGUGGAUGUGUGUGCGUGUGUGUGUUAGCUGAGGGUGGGUGCUGUAAGGUCUGUGAGGGUCUCUUCUUAUUAUGAAGAAGGUUUGAUGACCCAGAUAAGGAGGUUUAAUGCACUAAUGGAUCUACAAAGGGUUGAAGCAGGGACACAGCGAGUCAGAUCAGGACUAAGAAAUGUCCCAUCUUUAAAAAUAUGAUAUUAGUGGUCUUGUAAACCAGUCGUAGACAAAACCUGACUCGGAUUUGUAAAACAUGAUUGACUGAGCUUUAUAUGAUCUGAUCUACAGACAGUCCCAUUCUAUCAUCAGUGCAUUUGGAAGACAACAUGGUCCCAGCAGGGAGGAAGAGCAGGGGUUUAUCAGUGAUGAAGGAGACAAAAUUGAGGUACAGAGUGAAUGAGUGUGUGUGUGACUGAGACACAGACACAGACUGUAGUUACCGGAGCUGUUAAUUUGCUGUUUUUACAUUGCAGGUGGUUAAUGAGGCAUCCCCUGAAGAGGACCCAAGCACCUCAUAUAUCCUGACCUCACCACCUGGUGCAGCAUACGCCCCUUUACCACGUAAGUAAACCCUCCUCCCCACAUACACACGAGAAAAAGGCAGCACCUUUAGCUUUGUCAUAACAUUGUGACUUUAUCUAAGUGAUAUCAGUAUUUUUAUAACCAAACAGCCACUAAAAGAAGUAGACUUGAAAAAUAAGCAUACAUCUUUGCAUAUCAGAUAUCAAUGAAAUCAUUAUAUGCAGUAAAAAUACAUAUUUUUUGGCAUUAACCUUAGACAUAAUUUAUUAUACACCAUUUAGACUGGGGUUCUGUCACUUAAAACAACCUGAAGUGACACAAUAAGACAAACAGCUCACUCAGCCAAUAAAUUGCUUUUAUCAGAACCUUGCUGCCAUUUAUAUUUUACAAAACAGCACAUCUACUUUCAUCAGAAGAUUCAUUACUUCCGUGCAACCUGCUGUAUCUGGCUCUGUUUUGAGGGCUUCUUGCCUUUCACUUGGAGAACAGAACAGAGCAGGCAUCAGUAAUAAUGGUGCAUUCCAUUUACCUCUGAAGUCAGAGCUGGAAAUGAUGUCACACCCGAGUUAUCAGCGUUUCAUUUACAAAGUCGGAAAAAAAGUAGCCAACGGCCAAAAAUGGAAGCAGAAACAAGAUGGCUACAUCUACGAAAGUUAUUUUCGCGCUUGCCUCGUCUGUAUAUAAACAACUCCUGGACAAAUAUGCAGUCCGUCUGCAACCUGCAAACACGGUGGAUGAAGAGGAAACACAAAGGUGCAGAAGGUAGCCUAUUAUUUCUCAUCACAGGAGCUUCUACAGUACUUAAUGUUUACAACUAGUGCAGCAAUCUUUAAGUGUCGACUCUGGGAUGUGUGGAUCGUACGAAUUUCUGAGUCAGAAAUCUAACCUAGGGGUUUAUUCCAGUUCCGACUCAGAGCUCAGAAAUCCCGACUUCCGAGUACAAAUGGAACGCACCAAAAUACAUCAGAUAUAGCAUUAGAGGAGGGGCUAGGGUGAAGGUGGAUUUGAGGUGGCAGCAGCAGGAACAAGUGGGUGAAAGCAUUUUGACAUUUGCCAAAUGGAUUCAUAAAAAGUAAAAGGCUGAGCUGUUGGCUGAUAUGGCUGGAGAUGGAAGCAGGGCUGAGCGUAACUGUUUGGCCUGCCUGAAAAAUUGCUUCUAGGUAGUGUGAAGACAACUCCAGAUAUUACUGGCUGGUGUUAUUCUGUAGUGCCCUCGGUCAUCUAAAGCUGAUCAUGAACACAUACGUUGUCUUUGUAAAGCCUAGGGUGCAGGUUUAAGUGAGAUCUGGCUAUUUCAGGUGCAAAGGACCCCAUUAGACCGCCCUUGUGGGCCACAUCAUGUAUCAUAAAGCUGCACAAAUGACUAACGGCGAUCUGACCGUGUGUGUGUUUCUCAAGCUCCAACACAUGUCAUAAUAAAUAAUCCAGUGCUGAAGGACAGAGGUGAACGUGUGUGUGUGUGUGUGUGUGUGCGUGUGUGUGUGCAUAUGUGUGCACAUGUGUGUGUGUGUCAUCCAGGUGCCGUCAGUCCUCACACUUCCUCUUGGUCUUUGUAGUGAAUCAGAUAGAAAUCCAGGAAGGCUCCCUGACCUGAGCCCACAGCUGGGCACAUGCCAUAUCUUCAUCUUCAAAGGUUCAAAAAUAGUCUCCUCCGGUUCAGACCCUCGUCUUACCCCUCACACUCCCCCCCUGUGAGCCCCAUACAGCCGGGUGAACCCGUGCCAGAGCUGCUAAUACUACCAAAAUACCAAACAUCCUGCCGGCUGUAGCUUUGAACAGUCUUCUCUAGCUUUGAAGUGUAUCUGUGUAGCUCUCAUCCAAACCCCUCCCCUUUCUUUAAGUUACAGGCCCAGCCUCCUUUUGUGAUGCAAAUGUGUAACAUGAUAAAAAUAGCCCCCUGGUGAAGAAGUGCAGGGCCAGCAUAUUGUGGCAUGAGAAAUGUGCUGAACAGACCGAGUGUGGGGAAUAGAGCCAAGGGAAGAAGAGGUUGUUUUUUCUUUGUUUGAUUUUCAGUUUGCCUUUGCUUCAGGUCACAUUAGACACUGCCUGUGUUUGAUACAUGAAGGUUUUAAGAGGAACUGUGUCAUUGUAGGUUGUUCUGGUGACAUUCAUCAGUGCAGCACAGUCAAGGUGAGGCUGUCUGCUGCUUUGUGCUGCAGCUAAUGUGUCAGUGUCCCACAGCCGGUUAUUGGGUCACCACAGUCAUGGCAGACACACAACCUGUUAGUGAGUGUCCUUUAGUUUAAAGCGACACACUGAUGUGUGGGUGUGCAGUUCAGACUGAAAUAACCACAAAAUUACAAGAUGUCCUUAAAUCAUCACUGAUGAGAACCACUGACCUUUAGAGCUCUGUGCAGCCUGACCCGGGGGUGGUGAGGGCUAGUAUGGAUAGUGUUGGUUCCAGGAUGUUGGGGUUUAUUGUUGAGCCAUCUAGAGGUGUCUUUUGUCCAACUUAAAUAGUCAGUAUGAUUCUGUGUAAUUAAAAGAAAUCAAUUUAAUGCACAAGUUUGACUUAAAGCUGGUGUUUAGAAUACAUGUAAAUAUAUUAGUUCCAAUGAAAUCAGAAAAAGCUUAACAAACAUACAUCAAUCACUCAAUCAGUCCAUCAAUAACACUCUAUUUGUAUCACAAUUGUCAUACAAAGAAGUGUAACACAAAGUGCUUUACAUAAACAGAAAAUCAUUAAAAUCUGAUUAUGUGAUAAGACCUGACAUGUAGGAACCCCUCCUCUCUUUUUCUUCUCUCCCAUAAUGACACGAGUGGCUGCGCUCUUUGCAGACGCAAGACAAACACACAAAUUAAGUGAGUCAUUCCAGCGAAUAAAGUAAAUAAAUUCACAACAUUUGCACAUCCAGAUAUGCCCUAAUUAAAUGAGUAGAUGAUUUUACUUGCACUUGGUCAGAACACGCCAUUAGCGAGGCUUGUACUAAAAAAAACUGAGUCAAAUCCCUACCCUGCAGUAGUCCCAGAGUUGCCAGGGUUGGCAGAUCCUCGAAUGACCAGCAUUUUAACGCCUCUACAGAAACCAAUGGAUGACAAUACUGAGACUGCAUUUAAUAUGGUCCUUACAAUGGUGGUUUCAGAAAUACCUAUACAGAUACAAGAACUUAAUCUAUCUCCAAAUGGAAAUUCAUUUGUCUGGAAUCUCAUCCCAUCCACUACUUUGGUCCAUUAAGGUAUAAUGAAGUGGAUUUAUUCAUGUUUUGUUUUUUUGGGGGGGGUUCAUAAAUAGCUUUGGGCCCCUGUCCAAAGCUUCCAUUCUCUUGUCUCUACAUUUCUUGUCUGUCGACAUUUUUCUGCAGGCUUAGUUCAUAAAAUAAAGAAAAAUCUUUAAAAGAACAACUGCAUUAAGCUUUCUGGCCUUGCUGUUUCCUAGAAAACAAAAAAAAUUGCAAGCAGUAAUUACUCUUGUUGAUCGAUUAAAUGGAAAGUCUGCCCUGGUAUUGAUCCCCUGAGCUCAGUGGUGGAAACAGCAGCUCUUUUUUCAGGAAGAAAUUGAAGGCUCUGCUCCGCUCACAGCGUGGCAAUGACGCUGUCACUUCAGGAGGAAUUGUGCACAUCUGUCCCUGCAGAUUGCUGCAGUUCAGAGGCAGGAGACAGUAGCUUUUACCUGAACAAUAAACCCCUCCUAACUCUGCUGUUACAGUGCAGGAUGGCUGCAUGUGGUGCGACGUGAAAUAUCAGCCCCAUCUUAAACCCUGCGGCCUGCAGCUCUGUGAAACAUUAGCAUGAGACAGAGAGCCACGCAAGCACAAUUAGCCCACAGCCAUUAGCUCUCUCAUAUGCUGCCAAGCAUGGAGCUCCAGCCCUCAUCAAACACUCAGCUGAGAUCUCCACAGGUAGAAACAAUUACUCACUCACGCUAACUCUCAUGAUACGUACACACAUGAUAGCAUGUGUGUGCGUUUAAGCUGCUGUUUACUCAGCGCACACGUGUCUGGCUGUGUGGGAACAACAUGUUCAAGUUGUAAUCACUUCUUAACACAUACUUUAAGCAUUUUGGACAUGCUCACUGAUUUUAUGAACUCUGGGUGUUUUCUCAUGCAGGACCUCUUUUUUUUAAUGAAACCGUUUUUCAGCUGUGUGCUCCCUGAUGAGUCGCUCUUUAGUUUUAGGUUUUCUUUCUUGAAAGGAGCAGCCUGAAGUUGCCCCGCAGCACUUCACCUCAGUUCUCCCUGUCUCAGACUGAUGUAGCUUUUUGUGUGUUUGCCUCUUAUAUCCCUCCCUUUAUUGUCACAAAGUGACUAAUAUCAAAGUCCUCAGAGGGUCGGUCUUUCAUAAAGAAUAGGUCAGACCCUCUGGACUCUGGAGGACCCGUGUCUGAAGGGAGGAAGAUGUUUUACAUUUCAUUUUCAAAGUGGAGUGCUCCGUUGUUAUACUCCAGCAGCUCCGAUUAUUCCUCCUCCUGUUUCAAAUGUUUUUCUGUAUUCUUUCUAUAGCUGAACACAGCUCUGAGCCACUUUCUCGUCAGGGGUCUUUAUGGAAGAAAAAGGGGAUGGCAUCCAGAUGUGGAAGUGUUUCUGCUUCCACUCUUCAAAGAAAUGUGUGUGUGUGUGUGUCUGUGUGUGUGUGUGUGUGUGUGUGUGUGUGUGCAUGCAUUUGAAUAUGUACAGAGGCUUGCCAGAGUGAGUGAUUAAAGACCGAUUGUGUUGCAUUGUCACGUAAAAUCCCAGCAUUAGAAGGAGAGGGGUCAUUAAGUGUGCACUCAGGCGUUUGACUCUCUCCCUUUUAUCGAUGGAAGACUUUUUGUUGUUCUGACAUUUUGAGGCUGAUCUGCUUUCUCGACAAGCACCAUCAAUUAUUAGUUACGUUGUUAGAUGUUGGUGACAAUGUUUUUGAAUCUGGGGCUUUUGUUUCACAUCUCGAUGCUGGCAGAUCACAUCUUCCCACACUUAACAUGCAGUCCUCAUUCCUUAAAUCUGUCCAAUUGAAAUAUUUGUUCUGUGUUGGACAACACUCACUUGCGCAAUAUGCUCUUUUGUUGCUUUUGGCUGAUACAUCUCGUGUUAACUUUGUUUUCUAACGAGUAUCAGUCCAAAUUGUUCUUGGUUUGGGUGGUUUUGGUUUCUUACAAAGUGGAGUUAAAAAAAAUGGUUGAAAACAAAGAGGCAAGUUGUUUCUUCAACAAGUGCUUUUACAGUCAGAGAAGUUGUAUCUUUUAUUCUUUUUUUCCUAUCUGUGAUAUCUAUUAUCACAACUGCUUAUGGCUGAAGUUAGUUUGAAGAGAUCUGCAGUUUAGAGGUGCUCUCACCAGCUCUGCUGCUGUUGCUGCUCUCCAGUAGCUUCUCAGGCUGCGCUUUGUAUCUGUACCUGCUAACUGUCAGUUUUCCUCCACUUUAAAAAUCUGCCUGAGAAGGACACUUAGGUUUUUGUCACGGUGUCAACAGGCAGAGGGAAAUGUACGAAAGAGGAUUAGGUUCACCAGAAGAGAAAAAAUAAUUAUAAGAGGAAGAUUUUUUUAACUUCCAUUUCCAAAAAAAAAAUUCAAAAAAAGUUGAAAUUUCGAGAUUAAAUCGAAAUUUCGAAAAGUUGAAAUUUUGGCUUUGUUCAUUUUGACUUUAAUCUUGAAAUGUCUACUCUUAUCUCAAAAUUUAAUUUUUUUUAUUCUCAAAAUUUCGACAUCAUUCACAGCAUUUCGACAUUUUGUAAUCUUGAAAUUUUGAAAUGAUGUGAAUAAUAAUAAUAUAUAUAAUAAAUAUAAGAAUUAUAGUUGUAAAAAUAAUAACUAUAAUCUCGAGAUUUCAAUUUUUGAUCUUGGAAUUUUGGCUUUAUUGACAUAAUUCUGAUUUUUUUUUUAACCACCAAAUUUCGUCUUUAAUCUCCUUCCUGUAAUUAUUUUUUUCUUUAUGUGGCCCUGAUCCUCUUUCAUAGAAAUUUGAUGGACUUCUCCAUGUAGACUGAAUUGAUAUGACUUGUGUGAUCAGCAUGGGUGCCUUCUUCUGGGAGGACACCCUGAGGUAUGCCCAGAAUGCACUGGAGAGAUUAUAGUCCUAUCUGGCCCGGAAAAGCCUCAAAUCAUCCAGAGGGAGCUGUUAAGUGUGGAGCUGUGGAGAGACAUAUAUGGAUGGAUGGAUGGAUGGAUGGAUGGAUGGAUGGAUGUGUGGAUGGAUGGAUGGAUGGAUGGUCGGUCGGUCGGUCAUGUUGUGACUUUUACUGGUGGAUAUUUCAUACAAGAAGUCAUGAUUAUCUGAGCAUUCAUUGAGCAUCAAUCAAUGGGUCAGUAAGUAUUGUCAAGUGUUACCAGAAGAGCUUCUGCAAGAAACAAUAAAUCACAUUACACACCAUUGUAUUUUUACUUCUGUAUGAGUAAUUAAAAAAAUCUCUAUCUGAACUGUGAAGAGACAGUCGCCUUUACCUGAACAGUAUUAUUAACAGUGUUAUUUGAGAUGAAGGAGGGUUUCAUGUUUAACUCAGAUCUAUCACAUUCUUCUGUUUUCCUUCACACAGGUGACUUUUGCAGACCGAGGCACUGUUCUAACAUAAAACGAGCUCCAAUCAGGUGAGUCUGCCCCAGUAUCAGUGCGUGUGUGCAUGUAUGUCGUAUGUGCCUAUGCAGCAGUAUCAGAGAAGGAGAAACUGCAGGUGGAGACAGGUUCAGGACACAGUACACAGAUCUCUGUUCCAGCAGGUUUGUCUCAGGUGCAGAUGCAGGUAAGAAACAAACUCAGCAGAAACAUGGGAGAUAAAGAAGGAAAUCGUUAAUCAGAGAUUGCACUAGAAAUUAUUAAUAAAAAACACAUUGAUGCUGAAAACUUGAAACUAAGUAAUUGCAGUUGGAAGCAGUUUUUGGUUCUCCUGUGACACUGAAGGACAAACUGUGUUGAACUUUUUUUUUUUUUUUCACUGCGAGCAGGAUCAGUGUAAUCUCUGCACACUGAGCUGAGAGCUCAUCUCACAGCUGGACUUUUGGCCAAAUAAGGUAGAAAGCAGGACAGCAACCUUGUUUGUGCGUGUUUAUCAGUACCAAAGACAUCCUCCACUCCCUCUUCCGAUCUAUGUCACAACCUGUUUACAAACUCCCUCAUUUCAGCCUUAAUUUACACUCUUAAGAUCAUAAGUGGGCCACACUGUACCUCCAGCAGCAGCGGAUUUUCUUACAGGACCCUGAACACAGCUCCGGUCCAGAUUAGAGCUUGUUUCUCUUGGAUGUUGUUUGAAUACAGACCGUCUAACUCAAUCUGCCUGUUUGUCUGUCUCUCCAGCUUCCUGUCCCUCAUCUUUUCUCUAUUUUUCUUUGUCCUACUCUCUUUCUCUUCUUUACUUCAUUUGCUGUGUCUACGUGUGUCUGAAUCCGCUCUGUACUCUGUCCCAAAAAGAAGGUUUUUCCUCAGUCCAUCUGCCAAAUCCUCACAUCCUUCAGGGACUUACAGUUCCUCUGAACUCUGCCAACCAUCUCCAGUACGCUUUAUGAAUCAUUUCCUUUUAAACUUUUCUCCAACACACACAUGUGCAGAGACUCCACACAGUCCCUGCCUCUCUGUUGGUGCUCAGACUCUCCCUCAGGGAUAUUAGGAACAGCAGGUAUUUCUGGCAAGAUAUGGCACCUGGCUUCCUGAGCAGUGUGGAGGGCCAGCGGCACAUAGUGCUCCAAAUGUCCAUAUUUAGUUUUUGAACAAAAGAUGAGUUCAUUUGCCAAAGAUGUGCUUUUGAAGGGGGAUUGGUACUAUGAUGCUGCUUCUUCACAUUUAUAGUUUCUGGUCAUUCACACUCGCUCAUUCAGUCUUAGUCUAAGUUUAAGGUGUUAGUCAGAUAAGGGGGGGAAAGUGAGCGCAGACUUCAUUAGGGGGAGCAGAGAAGUACAAAAAGUAAAUAAGUCAAACCAGAUGAUCAACUUUGGAGUGCAGUCUGAUCAAAGUCGACUACCACUGUACACACAGAUGAGUUUCAUCUAAAAGCUUCAGUGAUGGGAAGAGAAGCACUGUUGUGAUAAUGAAGGUACUAAAGGAUAAUCUCUGGCACUGGCUACCAUUUUUUUGUGAUUUGGAUUGAUGAUAAUCCAUGUGACUAAUUUGAUCAUCAUGCUGGCAUCAGACAUCACAUCACAUACUGUACAUAGUGUUGAAGCUGAUUCUUGCUGUAUAUACUACAACUGUCACAAAUAGCCCACUCUCCUGCCUUCUAAAUAAAGAAGAGGUUUCAUACUCCUCAUCUGGUCUUAAAGGUGCAGUGUAUAAAAAUGGGAUUAAACCCUUUCAGUAUUAGUAAACAGUAUGAUUUUUGAGUGGACGUGGCUUAGAUGGGGAGACAUCUUAGCCAGCAUGAGCCAGAAAUGAUUUUUGCUUAUUUUCAUCAACAGUGAAAGCACACACAGGCUUGUCUAAAUAUAAAGGGGUCACUAACUCUCUUGAAUUUGAAUAUGACUUUAUUGUACAUAAACAAGUUAACUUAAACAAGAGAUAUAUGUUAACCUCCAGUAUCUGUUUCCGUUCAACUAACAUGUGACAUCAAUGUGACCUAAGCUCUCAAAAGGUCUGUAUUAAGCAGUAUCCAGCAGCCAGAUUCUGAAUUAAAAUGCCCCCUUGUUCAUCCCCUCAAUUCAAAUCAUAUGAAUAAAGAUUAUAUUGGGGUAUAUUAAAUUGCAAUCACAAUAUUAGUAAAAAAAAAUUACAACUAGAUUGUUUUCUUAAAUCUUUCAGCUUUGAUUUGUCUGCAUAACUAAGAGGAAAAAUCAUCAGGGUCUUUAUUUCACGGUCUUCAAGGACAUUUGUUUGAACAUUUUACCAUCAAAAACAUCCUCCACUACAAAUUCACUCAGGAUCACUUUAGUCAAAAUUAAUUAUUUAUUACAAGCAAACAUUUUUACAUUGGUAGUAUGGCUCUGUUCUGAGAGUUCCCUGCCCUUCCAUGCGCUUGCAUGGAAUGCCACGGCUAUGUGCAUACAUGAAAAGCAAAGGCAGAGGAAGCCGCAGCAAAUAAAUACAGUAUGAUAAAGAUAAAUAAAUUAAAACCCCCUCACAGAACAGAGCAAGCAUCAGUGACAAUAUAUAUGACACUUGUAAGAUCAGACAUGACAUAAGCAGGAGGAGCUGGGGUGGAUGUGGGUUGCAGAGUGGUUGCAGCAGGCAGAGUAGGCAGGAGAAGCAGGUUAAAUGGGGUGCCAUUUUGACAUUAGCCAAUAGGAUAUGUAGAGGGCAGUCACCUGAGCUUCAGCUGACUGAAGGCUGGCUUAAGAUCAGCUGAGUGUAGCCUUUAGCUUGACUCUGUGCCCUGCCUGAACUACCACUAUGCUUCAUUUGUUUUACACACUCAGGAUAAAAUUAGCUUAAAUAGCACAUUUAAAAAUAAUCACAGUUGAACCAAAACACUGCACGCCUCAAGAUUUACCAUCUGAGACAAAUGCGGGUCUAAAGACUCCCAAAACACAAGACACACAUAGAAGAAAUUUACAGUCUUAAGUUUGAAAUUGUCAAGCUCAACAGACAGAAUUUUGAGUUUUCCUAUUUGUACUGAAAAGUCGAUUUUACUUUGGGAACAAUAAAAGCUCAGAUAAAACAUCAUAUUUUAAAUACGCUAUUAUGAAAAGAAUAGUUUCUAAGUAAGGCCAAAAGCACAGUACAAAGAUAGAAAAGAAGAAGGAAAUAAAAACAUUAAAAUUCAGCUCAAACAGACUGAAUAACUUCAUCAGUUACAUAAUUGAUUUAUUCCUUGUGUUCUUUGUUUGAAAUACCAGCAUUUCUCGCUUUUCUCUGGGUUAUCCUUGUUUGAAAAGUGAGCUUUGUAGAUCUGUCCUUGAAUCUGGUUUUCAGAAAAGCAGAAAGGAAAAUCAUCCAGAUCAGUGGAGACAAAACAGACUUUGAUGUCUUUAUCUUUUCACCUCUAGUUUUGUAUCUUUUAUUGAUGUUUUUCUCCUCUGAUGCAGCGGUGAGGCUUGUACCCUCACUUUUACAAAGUUUCAGAGUGUAUUAGUGACUUUUAGAGGUAUCAGUGUGAUGUAUUAGAUGAGGUUGGCAUCAGCUGUGUUUGUGUUGACCACAUACUAGGAGGUGUGAUCACUGAGCAGUGCAGAGGCUGUUACAUACUCAGUUAUUAUCCGCCUGUUAGUGUCCUGCCAGCAGCCACAUGCUCACUCAGCCGGACUCUCUUCUCCAUUCACUCACUCCGUCUCCAUUCACAAACCAGCCUCUAAACCGUCUCCAUUACACCACAUAUAAAACUCUAGAGAGAGGAGCUGGCCGCGCAGGUGCUGACGUAGCUGAUGGACCUGCUGACUGGGAGAUUUAUGGAAGAGGUGUUUGGACUCACACCUGGCGGGGAGCAGCACCAUCAUACUAGCUCCACAAAAACCUGCAGCUCACGCGGAAGUUUUCAAUUUGGACUAGAUAAGGGUCCAGGAGAGUCCACGUGGAUCGGCUGGAGAUCCAGAUCCUAUUAUCACCGUGCCCUCCAUCCGCUCCCCUCGUGUUGGCGAGCACACAGCGAGCCCUGACGAUGAGCCAGACACUUCAAACAGUCUGAAAACACAGCUGUGCGCUCAGAGGAGAGCUUUGAUCAUGCUGCAGAGCGUCCACUUGUUUCCUCUUAUUCACUGAUUCAUCUCUUAAUUUGUUUGCUCACUCUGUUUCCUUUUGCAAUUGCAGAAUUAAUUAGCUGUAACAUUACCUCAGGUUGAUGAUGUCUGGCUGAACAUGUCAACUAAAAAUAGAAGCAGACUUCACACCAUAGAAACCUUUUUCUUUAGGUCUGUAAAGCUCCUAAGAAGUUUUUCUGUGACUUCAGUGUUGACUUUACUUUUUUUAAAUGGACAGCAUGCUAAUCUGGUGUAGAAAAGUGAGGCCAAAUUGACCCCAGGUGAGAGCUGAAAUCUUGCCCAUUCAGGGUCAGGGUCGUGACUUGAAAGGGCAGGAUUGCAGCCCAUUCCCUCCUGUCCAAACACACUUUUCCUCAGGUGGGUCCAGUCCAUAACAGGACAGAUUCUUGAGCUGGUUUGAAGCAAAUUCACUAGAUUAUAGAAACUAAUGACUCUGUAUCAGUGUUUAUUAAGUUUCUUCUUUUUUUUCUGUUGAGAUAAUGCAAGGUGAGCACAUAAUGUGAAGCUUCAGAAUGUGUCAGUCUGGAGAGGCUGACACUAUUAUGGGGCGUUCACAUCAAGCGUGAGUAAAAUCAUCUACUCACUUAAUUUGCAAGUAUAUUAGUGCAUGAAUUAAGCAUAUUUACUUGCUUCAUUUGCUCGAAUAAUUCACUCUAUUCAUGAGAAUCAUUAUUAUUUGGUUUUUGGGACGUCUAUAAUUUUUUUUUACCCAAAUCCUGUCAAUACAAGUGUUCACAUCAGUGAUGUUUUCCCGUCCUGUGAUAUUAAUUUUUAAUAAAUUUUUUCGUAUCACGAUCGAAUUUUCUAAAGUUUCGCAUACUGUGUGUCCACUUCUGACUAAUCAGAUUUCGUGUUGUUGCGACGUCAGAUUCACCGGUAUAUCCAACAUAGCCGACCGGCUGAUUGAGUGCUUUUUGAUUUAAAAAAAAAACACAAACAUUACAAAGAUAACGACCAGAAGGACAACUUGUGGAGAGACAUAGCGUCGGAUCUCUCAUAUGACGAUAGUUUGUGUGAUUUAACAGUUUGCUAAACAUGUUUGUUUUAACUUUCACUUGUGCUAAGUAACUUUAGCUCAUAAGCUAACCUGUUCAGAUGCAACAUACCAUAUGUAUUCUCACUGUCUCAAACUCAACUGUGUUGCUGUCACAGCACCAUUAGGUCUCGGUUGUCACCUUACAUUUAUGGAUUAUAGUGUAAUGUGCUUAUCUGCUAUUGGCCCUGACUCAGUACAUGCUAUCAUGACAGACAGUCAUCUCAACACUAGUGUCUAAUCAGAACUGAAAAACAGUCAGUCUGCUGUUGUGUCAGUCUUCUUGCUUCCACCCGGGACGCGUCUUUUUUCCCCCCCGGAAAGUCGCAAAAUCGCAUUGCGCUUGAUGUGUAUAGUCAAGCGCGUGAAACUUCGCCUCCGAAUAUUUCGUAAUUUCACGUCCUAUAUUUGCAUUCACGGUGUAUCUGUGGAUAGCUAAUUUCAGCAGUGAUUCUUGCCAGUUCAACCCGUGGGGUCAAGCGAGCUCCUUUUUAUUCCUGUUAGGAUGAGGGUUAGGGUAAGGGUUAGGAGAUUUAGAAGUGCGAUAAUGCUCUGUAAUGUUCUGUUCAAUGUACAGAGCCGACUGCCUGGGUUCGGCAGGAGGGUGUGAUGAUGUUUCCAUCUUUUCUAGCCAAUCAGAGGCGAAGGAGGCGGGACUUUCUUCCACCAGUGUGCGUGUAUAUUUAUUUACGAUAAGCUUGUCCUCCAUUUUCCACACCUUCAGGUCCAUUUCCAUAUGUCCACAUGAGUCUUCGUGCUGAUUGGUUAUCGUGACGCGAAUAUUUGCUUGAGUUGAGAUAUUUUCAACUUUCAUGUCUUGUCACAUGUAUGUUCACUAUUUGCACAGUAAUAAGUGUUGCUGAGUAAUGCACCUCUAUCUACUCUCAGAUCCAAUCAAAAAUAACAACAGAAGGUUAAGAUAACACAAACCAAAAGAAAAAGCGACAUUUUUCAAAACACAGAAACUCAUAAAUUAUAACGCAGAAACCAUGUUUGUGAAAAAGUUUCACUGAUGUUCAUCAUGACUUUUAACUUUGAGCUUCUGUGUGUUUCAUCUGUCUUGACUGAAUUUGUGUCCAGCCAGAAGGAAGAGCUCUAAAUAUUUGGCUUCACUUUGGGGAAGCUGUUAUGAUUCCCACCUUUUUGCACAGCCUCCUGACUUUGUUCAUUUUUAUUUCUUUUCAGGAAAAACUCCAAGAUACCUGAUGGCCCCUCGACUUCAAUGAACGCAAGCUCAUCAGGUAUGUGUCUAAAUCUAGAUUGUAUAACCAACGAUUGAAGUAAAGGACCUUUACAUUCAUGCUCUGAUGUGUACAUCUAAGAUCCAAGGUCUAAAAUAAGUGUCCUUUUUUAAACGUAUGUUCUUUGUCUUUGUAAAAUGAAACAUUUUACCAUCAGAAUAAUCAGAUUUGUCCUUCUACAAUGCUCACAGUUUUUUCAAGCGAAGCAUCUUUUUCUAUUUAGAGACACUCAGUUUUUGCCCUUUUAUUCUGUUCUACCUCCAGUAGAUGUUCUUUUCCAAACAUGAAUAUUUAUAGAUGUUGCUGUCCAAAUUUUCUCUCAGAGCAGCUUCAUCUAUCAAACAUAAGUAUUAUUAUCUAACAGAAAAUGACGGUUAGUGGCUGACAGGUGGUGUUCUAAAUACAGUGACUUAGUGAAAGCUCAGUUUAUCCAGAAAAUUGAGUCAAUGAAAUCUGCUGCCAGCUGCUGCUGUUUACGCUCCUCUUCACUCAGCUGUCUGGCAUGACUCCCCUCUUUCUUCUAGGUGUGACAUCUUUAAUCCCAAAGAGUCGGGCCUGCAGAGCCGGAGUGAUGGACACUGCCAAGGCCUGGGAAUGCUACAUACAGCAGGAGGAGUAUGAGGAGGAGAGAUUCAGAGGGCACAGAUAUGAUUGGCAUCAAAGAGGAGGCAAAAACAAAGACAGGAAGAGCAGCAGAUCUGCACGCAGCAGGUGAGUCUUUACCUGGAAUAAUUCAAAGAUCAAGUUAACGGAGGUCACUUUAAGGUAAUGUAUGCAACUCUUUAAGCAAGACACAUUGCCCAAUCUUCCUCUGUGUCCCUCCUUUGACUCUGAGAUCCUGGAUGAGAAGACUGGUGCAAAUGUCUGCUGAGCAGCUGUGCUAUUCUGUAUUAGGCAAUAUAUAGAGUAUUGAUUCUGCUCCAGAUACCCUCUCUGCUGUAAGCCUCUUCAAUAUGUGUGCAUUUGAGGUCUGUCUAUCUUACUGAAACACACAUGGAGGCAUGAGCAUAUGUGUGCAGAAAGUCUGAUUUUCUGCAAAGUGACAGAAAACUUCAAAGAAACGAAAAACAACAAAGAAAGAGGAGGAGGAGGAAACGGUCUGUUUGCCAGGUGAGACAGGAGGUGAGGGCAGUGUUGGCAUCAGUUCUGAGUCGUAAUUCAGCAGGACAGUCCAUUAUAGUAGUGUGUGAUGGAAGGUACUGUGUGAACUCUAUACUGCAGCUGGGAACCAAAACCUGAAAACACAUGGAAGUUAUAAAAGAAAGUAUUUGGCACCUGUGAGACUUCUUUAGCUGGUUCUGUUCUUAGAGUGACUUAACCUAGUCUAUAUUUUAUCUACACUGUGGUAAGUGUGGUCUGUUCACCUUUGGGUAUCAGUGUGGUGGAGAGGUCUGCACUGUUACUUUCUCCUGCUGUCUAAAAACAUGCUUAUAGGCGAAUAGACCAUACCAUGGCAGAUGACUUCUUACAAUGUCAAACUUAAAUAUUAUCAUGUUUCGAUGCUGUUUUCUAGAUCAUAAGUCGUGUAAACCUGAUACUCGUUGGCCAUUUCACAACUUCCAAAUAAGCUGCUGUGUAGAUUGUAAAAAAAAAAAAUUCAGAGAAAGACAGGCUGUAUUUGAAGCUAAAGACAGAUAUGGCAGACCAUUACCUAGCCACAGCUGACAUUAGCAUGUGGCCACUUCCACUUUACAUUUGUCCUGAAAAAUAUCAAAUGCCACUGGAAGGAAGAAAUGUUUUCUAAAGCGAAUUGAUUGUUUCAUGGAUGACUACUUAAGUUGCUUUAAAUUUCAUAGGUUUCUAUUUCUACAUUAUAUAGGCUGGUAGCCACUGGUGUUAUGGUUGAAUAAGUGACACUGUUAACUAGUGACUUUCAGCAUUUUAUCACCAUAGAUGAACUGUAAUAUAAUUGGGUGAAGGGUUAAUGACAUCAUCGAUUUGUUGACUUCAGACCUAGUGGACAGCAUAGAUGCAAAAUAGUAGUUUGUGAGCUUCUCUACCCAGAACAUGGCCUCUGUAAAAAUAUGGUCUAUUGGUGACUUUUAAUUUCCAGUAAAUGUGAUUAAGAUCAGUUGGUUGUCUGUUAGUUGACCUUUCUGGCAUUGACCUGCCUCUCGCCCAAUAAAAAUUGUGCUUGCCUCAGCCCCAUCCCCCGAGACCUUUAACAUGAUAUACAGAGGGAAUAAUGGAUGGAUGUGUAUUUGCCUUGUUUAUGAAAGUCUGAGAGUGUUCUCUGAAAGUUGUGCCCUGUGUCUUUGAGUGUGUCUACUCUCAUAUCUCUUCUGCUGUUUAUAGCACGACCAGUGCUGACUGUUUAAGAAAAAAAGCACAUAUAUUGUGAAGAAAUGCAAUCUCCUGCAAAAAAAAAAAAAAAAAAGUAAAGAGUAGUGUGAUGGAAAUCCUCCAGUUUUGCAGACCAGGAGGAAUUGUUGCCUGCAUAUGCAAAACUCUUUGUUUUCUCUUUGUUCUGGGCCAGGGUGCAGUCUACAGGAGGGAGUUUUUUUUCUGUAUUUCUGGCUCCUUCCAGAAUAUAACUGAGAGUUUGCUGCUUUGCACAGAGCCUGAGCCCCUCUCCCAGUGGCUCACAGAUGAUAAGAGCCAAUCGGAUUUCCACUUCAAUUUUUCACAUAGUGGCCUACUACCCCACAGUCGCACUCAAACCCUUAUGCUCACAUGCAUGUAGGAGACAAACUCUGUCCUACUUUUCCUCCUCACAGUCAGUGUGGACCAGUAGCCAGAUGUCUAUUUAAUUAUGAUCAACUCUGGCAGCUGCCAACUGUAAUACACACACAGCACAUCCUCCUGCUUCCCUUAGACACCUCUGCCGAGCUGAGGCUCAAACUGUGUGAAACAUUUUGCUGUGACAGAGCUCUUCUUCACUCAAACAGGAACAUGUUUGUGUCACAGAUGCCGAGGGUUUGUGUCCAUGACCAAAACACUGGACUCAGUGUUGAGACUGCAUGACCACAAACAAACCUUUAAAUAUGUACAUUACAACUGUAGUUUAUGUCCAUGGUUGUGAAGCUGUGAUGCUGUUUAAAGUUGUGGUUUUGUUUGUGUGCAGUAGUUUAAGAUGAAAUGUUGCUGAAGCUGCAAUUAAGAGUGAAAUAAGAAGUAUUUAAGUGCUCUGGAAAUAUCCUCUUCCGUCCUCUUUAGGUUGAAGCGUUUUCUUGUGAAUUCAUUUCUACAGGAUGACUGGCUCCAGUUUUGCAUACUCAGCUCAGAGAGAACAAUGUUGUAGGUCAAAUGAGGGAAGUGGGACAUGGGGACAGCUGGGCCGCUAAAGGCUAACUGCACAGGAACAAAAACAUGGGAAUCACAUGUGUGGGACAGAUGCAGUGGGAAUGUAGAGGAGAUUUAAAAUUUCACAUCAUAGAUUUGCUGUAAAGCUACAGUCAAAAUGUGUGCUAUCCACACCUUCUGUGCUCUGCUGAUGUAUUUGUCCUACAUUCUGGUCACAUGAUCAGGCUUCAUGCUGCUCGUGUCACACACACACACACACACACACACACACACACACACACACACACACACACACACACACAUAGGUACAGGUUAUGUGUUUUGUGUUAUGGUGAUUUAUGGCUGCGCUAGGAUCUAUUUUUAGAGUAGAGCUGGAGGGACCCAUCAUUAAUGUGUGGGAGGGAAACAGAUGGAGCCUUCCUCAGCACUGUCUCCAGCCACCCAUACCGUUCAUGUGUGAGGUCACAGCAAGGGUUACUUUGUGCUUUUGGGCUGCUGCUGCAGCCACAUGUCUUGCGCUGAGUCACACACACACACUGCGUGGCACGGCAUCAGCUACUGGUUAUCAGCUGUGGUUGUGCCUGCAUGCCUUAGAUUUACCACAGCUAAUAGACUACAAGAGCGAACACUCACACUCUGACCACACAAUACCCACUAAGUGAUACAAGCAGAAUCUCACCUUUAACAUCGUUAGGAAUAUCAACACAACUUGGAUGUGUAGAAAACUGCAGUUCCCUGAAUGGUCACUUGAGUCUGGCUCUAAAAGUGUUUGUCAGCCCUCAGUUCCUUGUUUGAAUAUCACCAUUCAGCAGCAGCCCAGUGGCCUGUUGCAACGACUCUCUAUCAGCUAUGUUUUAAAUUAGGGUCUAAACCAUAUACACCAUGGACACUCUCCUAGGGCCUCAUAUAUCAACCGUGCGUAGAAAAGGUUCUAAAUUCUGGCAUAGAAAUGAAAUUUAGAAUGUGCAUAAGUACAAAAAAAUCUGUAUUUUUUAAACAUGCGGACAUUGGUUGUACGCACACUGGUAAGUAAUCGGUGAUGAUAAAUCCCACCUGUUUUUUACUACUGUGCACAUGCAUGGUUGGGGUCAUUUGCAUUUAGAGACGCCUCCAAUUGACCAUAUAUGGUAUCAACAAUUCCUUUAAAAUGCGUGAAUGGAUUUUCCCGCCUUGCCGAAAUCAUGGAGGUGCACACUCACAGAGCUGUUCUACAGAAUAAAUGAGUCGUGCGUUCUUCCAGGCCACCGGGCAACAAUGUUUACAGAUACUUAUGUGCAUCUCAGAUUAUUUGUGCAUUGACUGAAUGAAAUCCUUUUCUGUUGACAUAACUGAAUUCAUUGUGGGAAGGUGCUUUUAUUGCAAUCUGGGUGCAAUCUAUGGCUCCAAUUAUGUUUGGGAAUCCAGCGAUGGCGUGAAAUCCUCGUUUUAUUUCGGCUUGUUGGUGUUGUGUGUAUGGGAACUGGAUGUAAUUGAGGCCAGAGAAAUUAUUGCACCGGCAUGAUUCUGCUUAGCAUUGGCUGUGAAAUGCUGCAUAUGUCUCCAAUAUCACGCUGAAAUGUUCCGGCAGGGUGGACAGGAGCUGUAUGUACACUAGGAUGGCUUUGGUGUGUUUUGUCUCUCGCUCCAACACGGGUUGUAAAUCACGGCAUAAACCCAUUGAAAUAUUUUUUGGGGAAGCGGUACCUGCUGAGAAGCCACUCUGAAUUCUUACAGAUCAGCACAGUCUUUGAAAAUGCGCUCCCUGCAGAGCAUACGGUUCUCCAAGUCCUUCAAUAGCGCAAAAUAAGCCAUGAUACUUGUAUUUGUACUUGUAAGACUUCUUUUGAGGUUGUUCUGUCACAGUUGACUUCUAUAGCUUGUCACACUAAUCAUUCAAAAUGUCUGCUAAAUAAUUGAUAAAUUUUGUAUAGAGGCAAUGGAGAACAUGCGUGUAGUUUGAGAUUGCUGAACGCUGUGACUCCUUUAAUGAGUUCUAUUUGUAGUUUUACUGUUCUACUACUAGAUUUUGUGUGGACGCAUGGUCAGAGUUGUGCCUAAAUUUACGCACGUUCCUCAGCACAAGUACAGGUUGAUAAAUUCCAUACAUUGCAUGGGAAUGUUCAUACGCACUCAUUACGCACACAUCUGUGCGCACCCACGGUUGAAAAAUGAGGCCCCUGAAGAACACAUAAUAAAUAAAGAUUUAUUUUAGUUGGCACACCACACAGUUUCACUGUGGUAACAUUACAUUAGCUUAAUCAUUACCUCAUAAUUCUUUUUCAUAUUUUGCGUACGUUUCUGCUGCUGUCAGUUGAGCAAUGGGAGUUACCAUUGAUUAUUUUCAGCCAUUAGCCUGUUUAGAGGCAGUCCAUCAUAAGAGUAAGCACUUCACCAAUCACUUCACAAGGUGAAAAGAUUUUAUCUGAUUGACUACCAGAAGUGUAAACCUCAUAUUUUGGUUAGUUUAGAUGUUAUGAUCUACUAGCUAGAUUAACUUUACACCCAAAGAGGCAACUAAACAAAGGCACAACUGGAUUAUUUUCAAUAUAUAUCUAGGUAUGGCCUUUACACUCUAACGUCAACAAAACUUAUGCAUAGCUGGUGCAACAGACCAGUGGAAUUUAAGAGUUAGUUGAAUGGAUGGUUGACAAACCAACUGGUGACAUCACAGUGGCUGAGUCCAUUAUUUUCCCUGGCUAUGCUGCUCACAGAUGGGUGCAGGCAGGGGAUGUAACAUGAACAUUUGGUCAACACUGACUGCAGCUCACAUCUCUGUAUGAUAAAUGUAUCUCACAUCUUUCCAGCUGGAGAAACUUCAGACUCAUCAUUGUCUCUUUCAUGUGCACAUAUGCUCAAGCUCACACAACAUGCACUUUCCACCAGUCUUGGUCCAUUUCUCACACAUGGUACAGAUCUACCCACUGAAAAGAGACAUAAACUCUAUUUGAAUUCCCUUCAGCAGGAAAGCAUGCACACUGAAGUUCACUGGAUCAUAAGUGAGCAGAGGAUUUCCCGCUGCGAUGAGGAAAUUAAAAUGAUAAUUGUAGCCCUGCUUAAACGUGCACUUAAAGCUUCAUUAGAAAGCGCUGUAAGGCUGCUUCACCGUUAACAAAGGCUUGGCUGACUCCGAAUACAGAGCAGAAGCUGAUCAUUGAAAAAAGGCGGAUGUAAUACAAAGCAGUGGAAGCAAAUUAGGGCUCUUCUAAUUUGCAGCAGCUAAAACGUGGUUAUAAGACUAAACAGCCUCCAAACAAAUUAAGACCUGUCAACAACAACAUCUCUAGUCUAUUUGCAAUAAUGCACAAUGGAGUUCUUUCCUUCUUAUUGAAAAAACUUUUUCAGAAACUUCAUGAAACUGUCUCGAGGUUUUAAAAAAAGACUCCUCUGUGCAGCUUUGAUGGCAUCCUUCUGUUGUGGAUGAACAUUGUUGUCCUAGUUCCAGCUUUGGAGGCACUCUGUGAUUCAAAUUACAAUUUUUCCUUAACUUUAGGCAGAGCUGGAUGGAGUAAAACCUGCUUUUUGCUUGACUUCCCUCAGCUGCUUUGUGCCUGAUGCCACUCUUAUCCUGGCUUCAGGGUCUGUCUUAGAGCCUUUCUUUUCUUCCUCCUACAUCUGUUUUUAUUCUGCCCUCACCAACAUGCUCAGCCCUCACUGCGACAUACUCUCUGUCUUUCUGACUCAACUUCAUGUAUGAAACUCAUUUCUUACAGAGCUAGUCUGAGCUCUGAACCUAAUCAAUUUUAAUGUUCCCUCUACACAGCCGAGUUUUCUGAGCGUUGGACCUUCAGUCUGUUUUUAAAUAUUCAACACACAGCAUCACUUCAUGUCUCAGCUUUACUCACAUUGCUGCCAUAGCUUACUCCGCAUGUGGUUCGUCAUUCCUCUGCGAUGAAUACAAGAAAUCUCAGCCUAUAGGGACACUUCACUUGAAUUAUUUUUCUUGUAAAUGUGCCAUUUUUCUCUGAGCUGUAGGUUUCAAAUUCUUUUUGUAGAUUUAAGUCAACCUAAGCCCCAAUUUUCCAUAAUCAUCUGUCUUGAAAUGUGAAAGGUGAGGGUCAAACAUAUUGGGCACAGUUUGGGAUUGACUGAUUUAACUGAUAGGUGAGUGCGUUGUAGGUGUUUCCCAGAGGGCUUGGCCACCACAACAUCCCACUCCUUCGUUGGGUUCAUAGGCUGUGUCCAAAAUGAAUCACUUAAUCCCUAACCCCUAAUUCCCCAUAUGGAGUUUCACUAUAUAGUUGACUAUGUAGUGAACUCUACUACAUGGCAAGACGCAAUGCAUGACAAGAUGCCCACCACCUGUGAGUGAUCAUCGGAUGGUCACUACGUUUUGCAAUUCUUUAUGGGAAAUUUUGAGUUGCCUAAAUGGGGCACUGGAAUUGAUCACUCAGUUUUCAGACACCCCUCAAAAUGGCGCUAACCCCCAUAUAGUCACCGAUGUAGGGGUUAGGGAUCCAUUUUGGACACAGCCAUAGACUGUAUAUACUAUGGACAACUUGGCUCCACCUUCUGCCAUUAUAUGAGUUUGAAGCUGAUUUGCUCUUGGUAUUUCUGGGAUUUUCUCCACUUCCUGAAACCACCACUCGUGCAGUAAUGUUUUAUGGAUUUUAUCACUUGUGCUGUAGUGUUGUACGCAUUUGGCGGUAGAGUCGCUGUAAUAAUGCUCGGCUCAAACAGGGUAUCCCCCUGGUAUCCCCCUGUGGCUAUGCAAUCUUCGUAUGCCCAUAGGCUGUAUCGUGUCAAUCAUAGAAAACAUGAACCCCCUAAUAACUUUUAAAAUGGAGCUGUACAGAAAGAAGAGGACUUGAGCACAAACCAGUCUUAGAAUAACUACAUGUCAACAGCGCAACCAGGGGGAAGAAAAAUCGGGAUUCAUGACCUAUACUGCAGCCAGUCAGUGGAGGGUGCUGUUCUCGGGUCAGCUUCACUCAGCAAGGAGGCAGACGGCAUCCACUCUAUAUACAGUCUAUGUUUGGUAUUUGGUGAGCAUUACAGUUAGCAGUAUGGCCCUUUCACAUACUUGUUUGGAAGGCCAAAGCGUGAGGCUGGGAGAGCACACCUCUCCUCUGUUUCAUUUUACAUUAUAACAUUCACUGUUAAUUUGAGUGAAGCCCCGACAGGAAUAAAAUACCAGCAGCAAAUAAUCUUUUCCAUAUUUGUGGUCUGUGGUUAAUUUGAUGCAAAUGGUGCGGAUUCUCUCUGAAAUAAAUACAGUAAUUAAAAGAUGAUUAUACCUCAGGGGCUAGAGGUGGGUAAUGAGCAGCAAGUUUGAUUAUUUUGGUUUAAAAAAAGGCAGUAAAGUUGCUUUAAUUAUUCUGCUAUAAAGAUUUUGAGGACUAACUGGGGAUUUAGAGAAACAUUUCUUCAUUAUAUUAACAGAAGAUGUUUUCUGUCUCCGCAUGUUUACUUUGGUUUUAUUUCAGUUGUGUGUUACUAACCAAUCAGCUUCCUGGAAAAAAAAAAAAAAAACUGGCUUUACACUGAGUAUAACAAGCACUCUUCAAAGCAGGGAGUAAAAUUCAGAGCAUGAGGGAUUUUUAUUUAAGUCUCAAACCGUCUACAAAGAGCGGGAAUGUUUCCAGCUCUAUAAAUAGAUAAUGAUACUGACAGAUGUAUUUUAAUUGUGCAGAGAUUUUAUCAUCCAGACAGUGCUGAUGCCUUUACACCCUCAGAUCAUCUCUGCAGCUUAGAAUUACAUAAAAUGACUUUGUGAUGAUAUUAGGAAAACAAAGCUCAGCGGGAGCUUUCUCUCAUGUGUUUCACAUUUUUUAGUAGUUUGUUCAUCUUAACAAAAAGAUACACUUAGACAAAGUUCCUACAGUAAUCACAGCCUGACUUUAACUUUUGGAAAUGAGUUUCAGACAUCCUACAGCUCCUUGUUCUGCAGGGAUUAGAUUAUCUAUUAUCUUUUUAGACUUUGCCCCCUUUUUUAUUCGUAUCAAUCUUCUGAUCCACAUCUUUUGUCUUAAACCUCUCUGCAUUUGAAUCGUACAACAAAGACUCAAAAUCUGUAUGCUAACUUGGCUCCUCUAAAAUAUGUGUGCCCGAUAAAUCACAGUCUGCAUAUUAAAUGCAAGAUCUUUUUAAUGACACUCAAAUAAAGAUCAGACUUGUUUCAUUUGCUCCGAGCCUGUAUUUAGUCUCUUCGAUUAAUGUCAUCUGGCCUCUUAUGAAUAUUUAGAAGAAUGCAAACCAGCAGGAGCCCUUAAUUUUUUCUAAGUAAGACUGACUGUGCUGUUCCUUGCAGACACAUGGCAUCAUGGGAUUUGUCAGAGCUACUAAUAAGGUCACAUUAGCAGAAUCUACAUAUUAAUCAGCUCUGAUAUGUAAAUAUGAAGCAUGAUAUUCACAGUGUGGAACAUGUUACGAGAACAGGUGACACUAGAGACAGAGGGAGAGACAGUAAAGCCAGUCAAUGUUGGGAGAUAAAGAUGUCAACCAAGAUGCUGCAUAACAGUGUCGAAACUGGUCUCUGUUAUUAGGUAUUAGCAGACUUUGGAGUCUGCAAGGAAAACUGUCUGUAUGGAGAGCAAAAGCAGGAGGAACACAAUCCACUGUAAUGACAUACCCAGCUGCAACUGACAGUGAUCUGAGGAGAAUUUAUUUCUCUAUGAACAGAUUUCUGCACAGAAGGUCAGCUAACAGUCUGUUUUGGAUUAAAUAUUAACAUUAAUAUUAAUAUUAAUUAAUAUUAAUAUUGUGAGCUUUAAAUCUUCUUGGCACAGUGUUUGUGUCGCAAACGACAAACAACAUUACGAUUUCCCAUAUCCUGAAAUACAUAAGAUAGUGGAUCUGACAAACAUUUUCAAUGAUUUUUUUUCUCUAUGAGGACAGACCUGACAAGGCUUGACUUUUGACUUUUUAAUAAUCCGCAUCAUUCCCCCAUCAUGAGGGAAUCAGUUGAAUGUCAUAAAAAGCAUUUUAUGAUCUUGACUUUUACAUUCAUUCUUUUUGCCAAACCCCUUUUGAUGAUGAUUAACGCAUGUACGCAUAAGUAUCUUGGUAACUUUUUUUGCCUAAAUUAGUCAGUUUCCUCAAAGAUGUAUGAGGGCAAAGACUUGUGUUUUCAAAGAAUCUGGCCUUUUGCUGGCUUCAGCACAAGGACACAGCUGUGAUUCUCCGGAUGACCACAUGCUCCACCAAACUGUAGCUGAAAUAACAUCUUCUUCUCCACAGGUCAUUAAGUCUUGCAUUUUAUCUCUCUGCUCACAGCAUCAAUUUAAUCAGGCUGAUAUUACUUUCAUGUUAAUUGCAUCAAUCACAAACUGUGUUUGAUAUCGUCAGUCAGGCUGCUGGAGUCUCAUUUUAACGACUGCAGAGACGGAGUGGACAUAAUUACACUACGCUCUGGCUCAGACUUCUUAUGAAUCCUGUAAUUCUGCUUUGACAGGCCCAGGAAUACUAAUGUAUACAAUCAUAAAAAGUGAAAACAAAUCCUGAGGCUGCCAUGCUAUAACUUACUCUCUCUAACACAGCCUCCUUGGGAACUGUUUCCCCAUGUUCCUGGUGUUAUGUGAGCUGGUUGUUUCUCUGUUAAAGCUAAUGGCUCUGAGCAAGAACAAAUGUGGGCCUGGGGUCCUAAUCCCAGCUGCUAACAGAGGAGCUGUCUCCAAAUAUUGAAUAUAUUUAGCUUUGUGCUCGCAACAUCUCGGCCCCUUAAGGCUCUUUCUCUCUCUCUCUGCUCUGUGGAGCGAGAAAUGGUUAUAAUCACUGCAACCAUGUGUGAGCCUGGUGUUAUGUGCAGCUGGUACUGUUUCCUCUUCACUGUUAAAGCUAGAUGGCUCUGAGCAAGAACAAAUGUGGGCCUGGUCGGUCCUAAUCCCAGCUGCAAGAUGUGCCAAGAGAGUGUUAGUGAGAGGAAAAACAACGCUGCACAGUUAGAUUUCUUUUUAGUGUGACAACUAAACCAACAAUAUCUGUAUUCAGUAUUUUCUGUUUGGACCUUCAGAGACUUUUCUUUUUUAACUUUUUCUAAAGAUUUGUGUUGUGAAGUUUGUGUUUAUCAGGAAGCAGCUCAGGGAAAACUGCUCAAGUUUCUCUUUAGAAAAACAAGGUCAGGAACAAGAACUAACAACAUUGUUUUCUUUUGAAUCAGGAGAAAAAUAAGUCUUCAUAUAUUAUGUAACAUAAUUUGGAUGUAUCAGCAACUGUGGAGAGUUGGCGCUGUAAUCCUCAUUAUGUAGAAGCAGGAGAGAUGCAGCUGAGAUUUCAUCUUCACUGAGUAUUCUGUUUAUAUGUAUGCCAUCCGCAGAAAAGUUAACAUAACUGAUCAGUUAAACACAAUGAGGAGAGUCUGGUAGGGGGUUACCUGUAAUUAUCUUGGUCUUUUUUCAUUUUUGGAGGAGAACUAGUUUGUAAGGUCAGCCUGUGAUUGGCUGGAUCCUUGAUGACAGACUAUAAAAUGGGCCAGUAAAUGCCUCCAUCAAACUAGAAUUUUCUAUUUACACUAUAACACACACACACACACACACACACACACACACACACACACACACACACACACACACACACACACACACACACACACACACACACACACACACACACACACACACACACACACAUACACAAAAAAACUGCAUUUCAAGUUAGAAUCACAAUAAAACAACCUCUGGUGUUGAUAAGUGAAGUCAGUGCAGAAAUGCAAAACAAACUGCAGUUUUUUUUCUUUUAGUUCAUUUGAGACCGUCUCAAGAAGCCAAGGAAUCCACAUAAAGCCUAAUGCUGAAAUGUCCAUUUCUUCCAAAGCAGAAAUUAGUCAUAGCUCAGGCAGGCCUCAGAAUCAGCCCACAGUAUAUCAUCUGGUACUUCAGGUAAUUGCAGUUGAUGCAUCUGAUUGGCUAAUGUCAAAACUGGCCCUCUAUUUCAUCUAUUUCAUGCUUUGUCCAGGUUUACCACUGUCAUACGCAUUUUCACAGUUGCCUACUCUGUGAUAGGCUGGUGACCUGUCCAAGGUGUACCCUGCUUCCUGCCCAAUGACAGCAGGUCAAUCUCAGAUAAAAUAUAGUAUAGAUAAUGGAUGAAUAAAUGGAUUGGUUGUUAUCAUAAGGAUAGCUUGGCCAGUGUUACUCGCUGUGUACAUCCAACUCAACUCAAGAGAGCCCAUGUGAGGUGUAGCAACAUCACAGGACUCCACGACAUCCAUUGGUUGAACAAUUAGUUUGGAUUGGAGGAUUUUGUCCAGUUGGUGUCCAACAUUUUACAAAUAUGUGUCAGCCCUAUGAUGAUGAUGAUGAUGAUGAUGAUGAUGAUGAUGAUGUGUCACAGUUCUUAAGGAUGAACACAAAAUAUCCCAAUUGAAAAACUUUAACAAUGGACCAUUCAUGGUCAGAGAUGAUGCUAACAGACUGCAGGUGUUAAAGCACCUUGGCUGGGGAUAUCAGUGAAGUCAGAAUUAAGCAGGUGCAAAAGAAACAAAACUGAAGUGAUCAAGGACUAAAGUGACAACUUCAAUAGUGACAGGCAACUUUGGGCCCUGGAGCUCCCAAUAAGGUCAAUUUUGACAAUCACAUCCACUAAUUACAGGCACAUGAAACACAAGAGGGAAAUCAAGAACAAUAUAGAGACCAGAGGGCUGUCACGGCACGUUUCUCUGAUCAUCUCUCUGUGAAUUGAAAAUCUGGUUACUGUGACAACCUGCAGCCUGGAGCUGUUGUCACUAAAGUUUUAUUAUGUUUGAUUAUAUAAUAUUGAAUGUAGUGGAUGUGGCCUCGGGCCUUUGUUCAGGGAACUGCUGUGUGUAUUGUACGGUAAAAAGUUGUAAAUUUAUCUUGUGUGAGCUAUAGGCUGCCCUUAAGAAACCCCAGCAUGCAGCAGCUCCCCAGGCGUCAGCUGUAACUCUGAGCUCCUGCAGGUGUUCAACCUAUGACCGCCUGAUAUACGUGAUCCUGCUCUGUUUUUUUGUAAAGCAUUUUUUUUAGGUGGUAUGAGGUGAGAGGAGGUGUGAAGUAAUGAUCGGUCCUGUGGGCUGAAUAAUGGCCCAAUCCUAAUCUCCUCCCCAAAGCCUGAGCACUGAACCCUCUUAUUGAUGUCAGGUGUGCAGCAUAAGUGCGUGUGGGAGCAUGAGGAGGGUGGGGUAAAAGUGAAGAAAAGGACACACCAUUUGAUGGCAUCACACAUUACCUGGAGGCAAGUUAAGCCAUUAUGUAAUAAGAAAUGAAGAAGACCUCCAUUGUGCGUUUCGUUUAAAUUUUUUUUUUUUACCCGUCAUGGCUUGCUUUGUUUGCACUCAGGUUUUUGAUUGAAACUUUAAUGAAUACAAUGUCCAAAUAUUUGUUUACAGUCAGUUAUGAGCUAGACGAUAAUGAUUUCACUCCUGCAAAGAAGGUCUGAAGAAAUAUUGACUCGUGGAAAGAUUGAUGCAGACUGUUUUUGAAACACUGAAUUACAGACGCCUCACAAACUUGAUGACUCAUUUAGACAUAAUUAAACAGUCAGAUACUUGAGGCAGACUUACUCUGAAAGACUUUUCAAGACCUUACAAUUCGCCCAUACGGAGCCCGGGAGGUGACUUUCUUUUUUUUUUUUUAACGCACUGCGAUAUAUUAUCUCGCACGUGUGUUUUAUUACAUUGCAGGUGCGAUUUAACUGUUCCAAAAUCAUUUCCUGCAAGUCCAAAUAUCGCUGACAGUAAAGAGUCUGUGCUUUAAGGAACCAGAUUAGGUGUUUCCUACUCAAAAUAAUACCAAAUGUGCACAAGCUAUAAAGUUUCUCUUUGUGAGUCAUACCUAAAGAAAAGAAAAUGUUGAUAUUAUGCUCUCUGUCCAAGACACUGUCCUUCUUCUCUCACAAAGAUACGUAUAAAACGCACUUUCGAAAUACUGAAUCGCAUGUGCGAAUUAAAAAAAAAAGUAAAAGUUGAUGUCACCUCCCGGGCUCUGUAUGCCCUCAAGUAUACAGAUUAAAAAAAAAGAUUUUUUUCUCUGUUUAAAAAAAAAAUAGUUCUGUCCACACCAGAAGGUUUUUUGAAUAUUCCUCUGUCCUAAUGACAGUUUGAAACACUUAUGUAAGCAUGCCAGAUCAGUCGGUGGCAAUAAUGUGACAACAUGAGAGUAAUUAAUUCUUUUGAUGAAAGUGGUCCUGACUGAAAAUGGAGGAGCUGGGGUGGAGGUGGGUUACAAAGAUUUGCAGAGGAAGCAGGAAGAGUAGGCAGGCCGGAGUAAUUUGAAUAGAACCAACGUUUUUCGACAUUUGCCAAAGUGGCUGGGUUGUCAGCUGAGAUGGGCUGGUGUUAAGACAUCAAUAGAUGUACUUUGGGCUGAUUCUGACUCUCAUGGCCUUUCUGAACUAACACUAUGCUCCAUUGUCAUCAGGUGUGGCCCCUCUCAGAGUGGUCCAGGCUUUAUCUUUGUCAUAAAUGGAGAACCUCAGCCUUAGAUGACCUGAUUUUCUUGUAGUGUGUGCUUUGGAUGAUACUGCAGCCUGACAGCAGCUUUAAUGGAAAGGUCUCACUGUGACACAAAUGUUAUGCUCUUUGUUCCUCAAAGUGUUGGUUGGAGGGAGAGUUUGGAGGCUCAGGCAGGCAGCGGAAGGCCCUGUGGCUCUGGUUUUGUUCCUUUGAGUUCUGACUCAUUCCUGUCCCAGAAGAAGGGAGAGAAAAGAGCAGCAGUCUCAUGAGCUCUGCCUCUGACUGCAUCGAUUCUGAAUAAAAACUACCUCUAGUUUCACAGACACUUAAAGUCUUUUGGGUAUUUUUCCCCAGAAAGGAGCAACAGGGACACAGGAGGACAGCAAAACCACGGCACAAACGCCAAAAUGUGGAAAGAAGAGGACGCAAAAGCAGAAGAGGAAGAGAAGACAGAGAGGAAAGAAAGAAUAGAGACAGACAAGAGAGAGGGGGGAAAUCAUCUUGCAGGUAUCACACACACAUACACAAACACAUAUACACUGGUUCUAAUGAAAAAGGUUAAAAAACAACAGUGAUGUUAUGUGAUUGUGAUCUGUGUUUUAGUGGUGGCAGUCGGAGCAGGAGAGACACAGGAGAGCACAAAGACAGAAAGAAGAGACGCAAAAGCAGAGAGGGUAAAAGAAAAUAGAGAAGCAAAGAGACGGAAGAGACGCUCACUGCUGACCAAGAGAGGAAAUUAAAGUCUGAGUGACUCUCCGC